AUGGCGCUACGCAGAGCGGCCUCCCUCGUCCUCAGGCAGCGCCUCCGGACCCUCGGCCCCGCCCCCGCGCCCAAGCCCCUAAACCCUCUGCUCCCGCAUCCCCGCCGCCACUACUCCCCGCGGCCGCCGCCCGCGCUCCCCGCGUCCGCCCGCGUCCUCGCGGAGGCGGCCGAGGAAGCGUUCGAGGCGGCCUCCACCACCACCGACCUCUUCGCCGCCUUCUCCCGCCUCGAGAACGCCGUCUCGCCCACCGACAAGCGGCUCGCCCUCGCCUGCCUCAAGCUCGGCCAGCACCUCGACUCCUCGGCCUCCGCCGACCCCUCCCGCGUCCUCGAGCUCGCGCUCCGCUCCGUCGGGAUCCUCGAGGCCGGGGGCGCCAGGUCCUCCGGGGCGUCGUCGGACUCCGACGCCGUCUCGCUCGCCAUGGCCCUCCACCUCGCCGGCUCCGCCUCCCUCGACCUCAACCGCUUCCACGACGCGCUCUCCUUCCUCUCCCGCUCCCUCCGCCUCCUCACCCCGCUUCUCCCGUCUAAAGAUGCCGCCGUUGGGGAUGAGGGCGGCGACUCCGACGCCGAAGGGUUCGACGUGAGGCCCGUGGCGCACGCGGUGCGGCUGCAACUCGCCAACGUGAAGACGGCGCUGGGGAGGCGGGAGGAGGCGCUCGCCGACCUGCGCGCCAGCGUGGAGCUCAAGGAGUCGAUCCUGCCGCCGGGCAGCCGGGAGCUCGGCGCGGCCUACCGGGACCUCGCGGAGGCGCACGCCUCCGUGCUUGACUUCAAGCAGGCGCUGCCCUUCUGCCAGAAGGCGCUGGAGCUGCACGAGUCGACGCUGGGCAAGAACUCGGUGGAGCUCGCGCAUGACAGGCGGCUGCUCGGUGUGAUAUACACUGGCCUGGAGCAGCACGAACAGGCGCUUGAGCAGAAUGAGAUGUCCCAGAAAGUGAUGAAGAAGUGGGGCGUGGCCGGCGCCGAUCUCAUUCAUGCCGAGAUUGACGCGGCAAACAUCAAGAUUGCGAUGGGGAAGUUUGAUGAGGCCGUAAGGGUGCUAAAGGAUGUCGCUAAGAAGGUGGAGAAGGACAGCGAUGCGCGAGCUCUAGUGUUCAUAUCGAUGGCCAAGGCGCUCGCCAACCAGGAGAAGGUCGGGGACACCAAGAGGUGCUUGCAGAUUGCUUGCGACAUUCUAGAAAAGAAGGAAGUGUCUGCACCUGACAAGGUGGCCGAAGCGUAUCUUGAAGUGUCCUCACUGUACGAGAUGGUGAAUGAAUUUGACAAGGCAAUAUCUUUGAUGAAGAGGAGUUUGGGGAUGCUUGAGAGGAUCCCUCAAUCACAACACUUGGAGGGGAAUGUCGCAGCUAAGAUUGGAUGGUUAUUGCUUCUGACAGGGAAGGUGACCGAGUCCGUCCCAUAUUUGGAGGAUGCAGUGGAGAGGAUGAAAGAAAGUUUUGGGCCGAAGCAUUAUGGGGUAGGGUAUGUGUAUAACAACCUGGGGGCUGCGUACAUGGAGAUGGACCGCCCCCAGUCUGCUGCACAGAUGUUUGCACUGGCAAAGGAAGUCAUGGAUGUUUCCUUAGGGCCUCACCAUUCAGAUACAAUUGAGACCUGCCAGAGCCUCGCCAAUGCAUACAACACGAUGGGAAGCUAUGCCCUGGCUAUGGAGUUCCAAAAGCGAGUGAUUGAUUCAUGGCGAAACCAUGGUCCCAGUGGUGCGGACGAGCUCAGGGAAGCCAUUCGUCUCUACGAGCAGAUCAAGAUAAAGGCCCUAGCAUUCAUGUCACCUGGUGUUGAAGCAAUUGCGUUGCCUGAACCUCAGGAACAGGAAGUCGAUUCUGAUCCGGCGAAAAUUGCACAACAGUAA